AUGCCUCAACAAGAAGAAGGUGUUAUGAGAAGGAAGCUUGUCAUCAUCGGCGAUGGUGCUUGCGGAAAGACUAGUUUGUUGAGUGUGUUCACUCUUGGUUACUUUCCAACUGUCCCAACCGUAUUCGAAAACUAUGUGACCGACUGUCGUGUAGACGGCAAGUCCGUGCAACUAGCGCUCUGGGAUACCGCUGGACAAGAGGACUAUGAACGUCUGCGACCAUUGGCUUACUCACAGGCCCACGUUAUCCUGAUAGGGUUCUCUGUCGAUACACCAGACUCUCUCGAAAACGUCAAGCACAAGUGGGCCGACGAAGCUACGGAGCGAUGCCCUGGAGUUCCCAUCAUCCUGGUCGGACUAAAGAAGGAUCUCCGUGACGACCCCGUGGCUCAGGAGGAAAUGCGCAAAAGAAGUCAAAAGUUCAUCACCACCAAGGCCGGCGAGGACAUGAAGGAACUCAUCGGAGCACGGAAGUAUCUGGAAUGCAGCAGUCUGACAGGCGACGGCGUCGAUGAUGUGUUCGAGGCCGCAACCCGAGCUGCUCUACUUGCGGUUGACAANAAGGAUCGCGCAGGCUGCUGUGUCAUUCUCUAG